AUGAAUCAGUUCACUCUAAUGAGUCAACUCCCAAGUUUCCAGUUCAUUAAAUUUAACAAUUCUCGUUAUCAUAAAUCGCCAUUAGAGUUACAUAAGAACACUACAGUAUCAAUUAUUUUCAUUAAUAAAAUUUAUUCUGCGUCCAUUUGUCAAUAUUCCAAAAACAAAUCAAAUUCAUACAACUGUGGUGUUUACAUAAUAUACUACAUGUUUAAAAUUAUGAAAGAAUCAAAUUCCAAUAAAAAAUUCAAUCCAGAUGGUUUCAGAGGUAUGUUUGUAUUGUGA